UGUUUUCUUGUCUCCCAUUAUUGAUCAGUACAUAUUUGAUCAUCCAAUCUACUUGUUUCAGAAGAUAAAAAGGAUGGGAAGGCGACCUUGCUGUGACAAAGUUGGCUUGACCAAAGGGCCAUGGUCUGCUGAUGAAGACAUGAAACUCACCAGUUUCAUUCUUACGAAUGGCCAAUGCUGCUGGAGGGAUGUCCCUAAACUUGCAGGGCUCUUGAGAUGCGGAAAGAGCUGCAGAUUGAGAUGGACUAACUAUCUCAGACCAGACCUGAAGAGGGGUUUAUUGUCAAAACAUGAAGAGAAGAUGGUCAUUGACCUCCAUUCUCAACUUGGCAACAGAUGGUCCAAGAUUGCUUCUCAUCUCCCUGGUAGAACUGAUAAUGAGAUCAAGAAUCACUGGAACACUCACAUAAAGAAGAAGCUGAUAAAUAUGGGGAUUGAUCCUGUCACUCACAAGCCACUGCCCCAACCAACAUCUGCUACUGAUCAAUCCCAAGAAGAGCAGCCAAAGAAUCACCCUGAUUCUGAUCAAGAAACCAAGAAAGAGCCUACAUCGUCUGUUAGUAUUAAUGAUAUAAUCUCUGAAAUGGAUGAGCAAAAAAGAGAGGCGGAGACUUCAAUGCAGUCAACCUUAACAGAUGCCAUACAAGAAGAAGAAGACAAGAGCAUUAGUAUUCCUCAAUGUCAAAUCGAGUCUUCCUCUGUGGAAUUCAACAAUGUUUUCAGCAUAGAUGAAGUUCCCAUGAUUGAACCUGAUGAAAUAUUUAUACCAUUCGCAAGAGCUUCAUCAACCCUUUCUUCAACAUCAUCAUCAUCAUCGUAUUCUUCUUUUGACCGCAACUCAAGUAAUUGCAAUGUAUUUGGUCAUCAUCAAGAAUUCUUCCCAACAAUUAUUCACGCUCAAUCAUCUUUUGACCACUACCCCACCGACAAGAUGAACGUGGAUUUCUGGGAUGAUGACUUCAUCAGCAAUUUGGACAUGUUGAUGAAUGAUGAUAGUGACAGGAACAAUUUAGCUGCUGUCAUCGGACUUGAACCUUCUCCAGCACAGUACCAUGUAGAAAUGGUGCUAUUGGAUGAAGAUUAUUCUUGGAAAUUUGAUCACUUCUGA